AUGAAGGACUUCUUAUCAGGUACAUAUUAACAGAUUAUGUAGCAUAAUAAAAUUGUCAAUCUCAAUAAUUAAACAUAAUAAAAUGAAAUAGUCCAUGGUGAAUAGGUUGAAGAAAAAUUAAAAUUUAAUUAUGAUGAGGACAAUAAAAAAGACAUAUUUAUUCCAUCUUUAUCACCAAAAUCUUGCAAAAAAUAAUUUUAAUAACAGCUUAGCAAUGAUACAUAAAAUACAUGUUAAUACUAAGUGUUAGAAGAGUUAAAAACUGAAAUCUAAAAACCAGAUGAUUUUUUAGAAUCAUUAAGAAUUAAUUAAGACAACAUAAUAAACAAUUAAACCAACUUAGACAAAUAAUAAGAUUAUUAAAUUAGACUAAAUUUAAAUAAGUCUGAUCAAAAUUUAAAAAAAUAUGCACAAAGUGGAAUUAGAAAUAUUUAAUAAUAACAAUAAUUCUAAUUAUUUAUGAAAGAUUCUAAUAACAAGCUUGUAAACGGAGUGUCUUUAACCCCUAAUAGCAUAAAUAGAAAAAAGAAAAUGAGUUAAUCAAAUUAAUUAGAAACUUAAGAAAGAGAGACUAAGAAUAUUAAAAAAUAAAAUGAGCAAAAAGCUAUUAUGAUGAUUUUAAAUAAAUAAUAAUUGGCUGCAUUAUAAGUAAUUGGGAUUGAUAUUGAAAGACAGAGUAAAAAUUAGGAAAAUUCAAAGAGGAAUUAUUUAUCAGAGGAAGCAACUGAAAAUCACUUCAAGGAGCAGUAUGAAAUUCUUUAAUCAAAAGAAUUGCAAUUAUAAAUAUUAAUGAUUUAAAAAAAAAAAUGA